AUGGCAGACCCAUUCUCGGUGGCCACCGGCAUCUUGGGCGUCGUCGGUUUGACAAUGCAGAUUGCCGAACUCCUGAUGAAGUACGCGCUAUCCAUUACCUACACCAACAUCAUGAGUCCAGACUUUUCGAAGGCCAUGGAGGGAAACAACUCCGCGCUGUUGGCGCAUUUCAGACCAGAAGGGUCGGCGCCAGGAAAGCGGAUAGAUCACAUGGUAACGACUGUACCACCAGACUCCGAAAACUACUCGCCGACCUAG